AACCCAAGCUAACUCCUUAAAUAUUUGCAUUUUCUUCCUGCUUCAAUUCGAUCCCUUAUCUUAUUCACAAACCCCAAGUCUUAAACUCCUCAAAUUCUUCUCUUUCAGUCACACGCCACCUUCAAUUAAUCUCAGAAAGUUUAAUGUCAGAGGCAAAAAUGGGAAGAGGGAAGAUAGAGAUAAAGAGAAUUGAAAAUACAACGAGUAGACAAGUUACUUUCUCUAAGAGAAGAAAUGGAAUAAUCAAGAAAGCUCAAGAACUUAGUGUGUUGUGUGAUGCCAAAGUUUCCAUUAUUAUCAUCUCUAACUCAAGCACUAAGAGAGUCUAUGACUACACCACUCCUGGAGUUUCGCUCAAGGAGAUGUAUGAUGAGUACCAGCGGGCUGAGGGUAUUGAUGUGUGGCAUAAGCAAAAUCAGCAAAUGCAAGAGGAGGAGAGAAAACUAAUAGAGGUUAACAGUAUGCUGAGAAGAGAUAUUAGUCAAAGGAUUGGGGGAAAUCACGAAGAGCUCGAUUUGACAGAGUUGUACAAUCUUGAAUGUGAGAUGGAACAAGCCUUGGUCGAGAUUCGUAAUCGAAAGGAACAUGUCAUAACAAAACGGACUCAUAAUUUGCAAAAGAAGGUUAGGGGCCUGGAGCAAAUGAAAAGACAUCUCAUGCUAGAACUUGAAACAAGAUUCAGGGCACAAGAAUUUGGUUUAGCAGACAGUAAUGAUAAUGGAGGUGAAUACGAAGAUGCAGCUGCAUAUGCAAACACAGGAGUAGCAGCCGACUUUUUGUCAAUGAGCAACCAUCAUCCAUUUCAGUAUAAUCUUCAGCAGCAUGGAGAUAGCUUAGGCUAUCGUAAUCUCCAUGAUUUGCGCCUUGCUUGAGUGUAGGCCUUACCUUUAUGUUAUGCUCUGAUAUUAAAACUAUCUGUGUCGUAUAUCAAACCAAUUAUGAUGUAUCUUGCUGUUCCAAACAUGUUUAAAAUUGUACUGAUACAGUAUGAAAUGUCGUAGCUUGUGGAACCAAAUAAAUUUGAUUUGAACUGAUGUAAUAUGUAUGAAAUCGCGUAGCCUUUUGUAUGGUUUUAAGUUAUAACUUAUAAGUUGCACAAUGUUAGAGCAUAUAAUAUAUCUUGGGGUCUCGACUAUCAGCUUAACCUUAUAUGGUAUUAGAAGCCAGUGUGACAAGAGGUCUCGAGUUUGAUUCUCAAACAUCUCUCAUUUAAAGUGGAAUAUUUAGCGCUAG